GUUAGCAUUUGUUGUUCCCUGUGAGUACGAGACAGAGACUAUGAUGUCCAUAUCGACAACCUUGAAAUUGAAUCUGGGUCAGCCCAUGAUUUUGAAUCCCCAUGUCACUUGUGUCAUCAAAUUCCCACCCUCCUCCGUUACCUUAAGUCUGACUCACCAACAUGCUGCUGCUUCAACAAUUCUUCUUCAUACUCGAACCCACUUGCACACACUUGCUUGGUCCCAUUCUCAUCCAUCCCCAGAAUCCAAUGACCAAGUUGAAGACCUUCGGGCUCCUGACCCUUGGUUAGUCCCAACCAUUGCCUUGCAGGAAUCGGAGUGGCUUAGGGUUACUUUACAUAAAUGGUUGGACGAUGAAUACUGUCCAGAAGACACCAAUGUGGAGAUAAGCAGAGUUGCUGCCAACUCAUAUUACAAUUCUUUGCUACAGAAGCAAACAGACUUGGGUGAGAUUUUGUUGAAGAUGGCACAUGAACUGGAGUCAAUUUCUUACAAAGAAAGUUUUCAUGGGGCAUUCUCAUCAGCAAAUGCUGCUGUUAACCUCAUUGCCCAACGAAUAGAACAGUUCUCCCAGUCAAUUUGAAUUUGAUUGCUCCACAUGGUUUGGUUAUUUCACUGCUGCUGGGAUUGAAUUUUACUUCCCCUGUUGUUUAGUAUAAUCUUGCUUCUUUCUUAAUUUUUUUAAAAUCUGAUCCUCAUGAAAUCAAGUAGCUUAGGUCUUUUGGAGUUUCUAUAUCCCAUCUUGUGAUUGAAAUGUUGUGGCCUUUGAGUAUUGUGGUGUUUUAUCUGUUUCCAU